CUGUUUAAGUUUAUCACUAGUAAUGGAUGCUGAUCUAAAUUUUAAAGCAAUCAAUGUCUGGAAUGCUACUUGAUGGUUCUUCUGUCCAAAAGGACAGCUCUUCUGAAAGUGGGGGUUCUAAAUCUCAUUUCCUUUCAAUUUCUUAUUAUCAACGCUUUUUUGAUGUUGAUGAGGAAACGGUCUUUGCUCGCAUUUUAAACAGUUGUAUUCCUCGACGUACUGGAAAUUUUAUUGCUGAUUUUGUUCAACCACUUCCAGAUUUAUGGGGACCUUUUUGGAUUUCUGUGACGUUAGUCUUCUCAAUUGCAAUUGUUGGGAACUUUGCAAAUUUUUUACAAGUUUAUGGAAAUGGUGAAGAAGAAUUUCAAAGCGAUUUUAGUUUUGUGACUGGAGCAACAUCUCUUAUAUUUGGAUAUGUUCUUCUCCUUCCAUUUGCUAUUUACACAUAUCUUUGGUAUCAUAGAGCUGCAGGACUUCAAUAUUCAUUUUUUGAUAUUCUUUGUGCUUAUGGUUAUUCUCUUAGUUUGUUUGUACCUGUUUCGAUUCUUUGCCCAUUAAUUCCAUUCAAUUGGGUAAGAUGGACUCUUUUAAUUUCUGCUGCUGUCUUUAGUGGCUCUGUUUUAAUAAUUGCAAUUUGGGCGAUGGUCAAAGAUGAUCCUAAUCGAUUUAAUGCUUUUGGUCUUUGUUUUCUUGUUUUUGCUGCUCAUGCACUUUUGGCAAUUUGUUUGAAGGAAUUCUUUUUUGAUUCUGCUAAUUUUCCUUCGUCUGACGUUGAACCUGUUAUCAAACAUGUUACUGAAAUUCUUCAUUCUACCACUCCACAGACACAUAAAAACAGUACAGAUUAA